AUGGCAUUUAGCGGGAGAGUUCUUGUUAUAUUGGAUGAGAUUUGGAAAGAAGUUGACUUCAAGAGUCUUGGAAUUCCUGUUAGCGAGAAGAUAAAAGUUAUAGUAACAUCUCAGUCCCCUUGUGUUUGCAGGAACAUGGGAGCUAAAAUUGUUGGGGUUAAUGCCUUGCCUGAGGAAGAAGCACGUUAUCUUUUUAAAGCGGUUGCAGGAAUUUCUGAUGAUUCCGUUUUGAGUGAUGUUGCAAAACAGUUUGCAGAGGAAUGCAAAGAAGAUUAUAGCAUUCCACUUGAAUGUUUGGUCAGGUACGGCAAAGGGCUAGAAUUGUUCAACGAGAGAGACACGUUAGGUGAUGUAAGAUGCAGAGUAGACGUGCUUGUUAAUGACCUCAGGAGUUACCAUUUGUUGCUGGAUGAUAGUGAAAGAGAAGACCAUGUAAAAUUGCAUGAUGUCGUGCAGGAAACUUGCUUGAAAAUUGCAUCAAAAGGCGAGCAUGUAUUUUUGGUAGGGAAUGCUAGAGAGGAAGAAAGGCACCAACUACCGGAUUCAUUUGGUCCUUACACGGCUAUUUCACUAACAUUAGAAGGUUCCAUUAGACUAUUUCCAUUUGGCGAGGAAUGUCCAAGGCUUAAGCUAUUGCGUUUGGUAUUCCAAUCAGGCAAAGUGAACCUAUCAAAAGAUGCUUUCGAAGGAAUGGAAGAUCUCAGGGUCAUGGAGUUAAACAAUUCACACACAGAAUUUUCGCUAUCAUGGCCAGGCCAAAUGUUAACGAGCCUUCGGACAUUGUGCCUGGAUUAUUGUGUAUUGGACACUGGAACGUCAUCAAUGCUUGGAUAUAUGAUGCAAUUGGAAAUGUUGAGCUUCUUUAAAUCCAGACUUCAGGAUGAUCAGUUUCCAGUAGAGAUUGCUCGGUUGAGUAAUUUAAAGUCGUUGGAUUUGAGGGUCGAGCGAAGUCAGCAGCCGUUGCCUCAUGGUGUCCUGUCAAGCUUGAAGAAACUAGAAGAAUUGUAUAUGGGAUCUCCUCACCAUUUGCGGCUGGGGAGAGACAAAGAAGAAGAAAGAGGAUGCCUUGAAGAGAUCGCAUCACUCUCUUGCCUUGAGUGUCUCCAAAUUCAUGUUUAUGACCUUAACCUCCUAUUUCAGUUAUUGCACCAACUUCCUAUUCAGAGGUUGUUAAGAUUUCACAUUGUAGGAGCUAAUUAUAAAAUUUACCGGAGAGAUAUUACUAGAGAGUAUCAAUUUCGGAACAGUUUCGAACUUAUCUACUAUCGGUAUAAUAAGAGGAGGUUUGUAUUUAAACAAGCAUUGGAUCCUAUAGUUAGCAGCAUUGUUAAGAGAGCAGAGAAUCUCACUUUUGAGGGCGUGCCCUGCUUGAGGAAUCUGGUGAGCGACUUGGAUGAAGAUGGAUUUGUCAACCUGAGAAGGCUUAAAUUAGACCAUGAGGUACACCAAUGCCUUAUUGAAUCCACCACCAAUUUAGUUGCUCGACAGGUUUUCGAAAAUUUGGUGUUCAUGGAAUUAGAUCAUGUGAAAUUGGAAGAAAUAUGUCGUGGGAAUCUUCCACUUCCACCUCGGUGCUUCAGUCAACUUCAGGAGAUAAAACUUGAGUACACAAAUAUUAAGCAUUUGUGGAAGGGGCCAAUUGAACCUCCGUCACUUUGCAGCCUCAGAAUUGUUGAGCUAAGAUACUGCCAUCGAAUUGAAACUCUCUUCUCACAAUCAACGCUGAAAUGUCUAGUGAAACUCCAAAAGCUAGUAGUUCAUCAGUGUACAAACUUGGAAAGCAUUGUCAUGAGGGAAGAAAGUGUGAACGAGGAAGUGCUUGAGCUACCCCUACUCGAAACUUUAGUGAUGCAAGAAUCAGGCUUGUUGUGUUUUGACUCCAAACGUGAAACGGCCAGAGCUUUUCUCAACCAGGUUUCGCUGCCUCGCCUGGAAGGACUACAGAUUAAAACUUAUAGGCAUCGCCCCAAAGAGUUAGUGGGAGAUGGAAUGCAUAGCGGGUAUCUUGAGAACUUGAAGUAUUUGCAGAUCACCGAUAGCUGUAUCGGAUGCAUUGCCAAAGCUGAUGGGGUGACAAUAUUACAAAAUCUGCAGAAACUUGUGGUUAACAGUCACGGGAUGCAAUUACUUUUUGAGUUUGAGGGGCUGAAAGUUCCUGUGCUAACAAAAACAGAACUCGAAAUUCUUCCCAAACUGGAGUUAUUGAAAUUACAACAAUCCUCAGGAUUAACCCACAUUUGGAGGAAUUUUCCAAGAGGGGUUCGAGUAUUCCAAAACUUAAGAAAGCUUAUAGUAUGGGAGUGCAAAUUACUAAAGUUUUUGUUUGAUCCUCCUUGUGUGGCGAAUAUGCUUGUGAGCCUUGAGGUGCUUGAAAUUAGUGAUUGCUCGGAAAUGUAUGGAGUUAUUGGUGGGGAAUUAGGAGAAGAUCAGAUCAGUCAGGAAGAUGAUGCUCAGCAACAAGAUAUCGUUGGAAAACAUAGAGAGAGCUCUGCAUUGGAAAGAAGCAACAAGCUGGAAUUUGUGUUUCCCAAACUGAGCUCUUUAAUUUUGAUAGGCCUCCCAAACCUUUUGAGUUUCGCUGGAAAGUUGGAUGCACCAAAUCUUGAGAAAGUUGAAGUGGUCGAGAAUGCCAUUCCUGUGGAUUUAAAGGAUAGAAAGUUCAUCUUUUUGAGGGACUCAGCAGCCUCUGAUUUCUACCGAAGGAAGAGAUGGGAGUUGUCGUGA